UAAAUGACAUCACUUAAAGCUAUCGCUAGAUCUAACAACCAAUGAAAUUCCUAGUUUCGGUUUCGUUUCGGGGAUUUCCCUUCUGUUCCGAGAAGAGAUUAACAACGCCAUGAAAGGGUGGCAGAGAGAAAUGGCGACUGUAGAGCACACAAGGUAAGUAGCAGUAUUACAGUCGGUGAUUGUUCAACCCGUGUGGCGAGGGUCGUAUGUCCCAAUGAUCAUGAAAAAAACGUAGGUUGUUCAUGGUACUCACUUCCGUGAUCAUGGCUGCAUGUAAUAUAUUACACAGACGUGUUUCAGCAUACUGGUUAGAUGGCAUUUGAGAUUUACUUGGUGUAGUGACCAGAAUGUGUGCAAUGAGAUAGAUAUAUAUUUUUGUUGAGUGUGGUUUGAAAGUAUCUGUUGAAUAGGGUCGAAAUGUAGAAAUCACUCAUAUCGUCAAAAUGCAGUGAGAACAUGUUCACACACAAGGAGGAUUUGCGCGUGGCAUGUAUGUAUUACAAUUAUGGAUAGCUGCAGCCGUAGGAAGAUUAGUUAUGCAUUUAUCCAAAUGUAAAAUUAUUUUCCAAAUAUUGAAAGUUUUCGACUGGUAGUCAUGUGAAAACCGUGUUAUUUUUUAUCCCUGGCAAGUGUUUUGAAAAGUGCGUCGAUAUUUUCAAGGGAGGUAACUCGUGUGGCGCUAUUCUCUGAAGCCAAUAUAUAACGAUGGCAAGAACGCAAUCAUAUCGGUAGGUAGUUCGAACGUAGCAACUGAUAUUUAUCUACGAUUUGUCUAUUUUACAAAAAACACAACCCGUCAAAAUAGAUGAAUAGAAUGAAAUUAACAACCAAAAGCGUUCCCUCCAGGUAUUAUGCAAUGAGGCAUCGAAUGAGCUUUGUGUUGUGUCUUUUGUUGCUUGUGUUUGUGUGUGUUUGUGUGUGCAUAUUUGUUUUUCACGCUGCACUCGGGUAUAUUCAAGUUACGUGAGUGUGACCUGUGUUUAAUCGAGCCUGGACCAGACAGUCCAGUGAUUGAUAUUUUGAGCAGCGACCCACGCCGUCAGAGGACUAUGACCCACAAUUAAAUAAAGUCACCGAGCCUGACCCCCAGAUCCAUUAGGCCGCCUCUCACGAACGGAUUAGUUGUUUGUGACCAACUACGUGUGUAUAUAUGCAUACAUAUAAAAAUAAAAAUAAUGCAUUAAAAUAACAAAUGUAUUUCACUGCACACAAAUUGUUUAAUUUGUUAUUGUGCCUACUACAGAUAACAGUUUGCAAACAGCACCAGGAUGUUGGAGUUAUUUGUGUAUAUCUUUGGAUCCGGCCGACACCUGUGCUGACAUGCAAUACCUGGUGAUCAAGGCCAAGUGAGUACUGAUCCCUAAACAAUGGACGAUGAAAGCGCGGAGGAGCAGUCUUUGCCACAGCGACGGGGUGGCGCUGGUGCACAUGGAGGCAAGGGGAGAGGAAGAGGACAUGAAAGACCAAGGGGCACCUCAAGGAUUACAACUUCUAUAAUAAGAGACAUGUUAUCUAAGGACCCUGCAGAAGUUCUUACUCGGCUGAGCAGACCUAACAAUGGACUUAUGGAUUUUCUAAAACAAACGGAUCUUAGCGUAGAUGCAACCAAAUCAGUCCUAGCCGCACUUAGUAAGGCAUGUCAGUGUGAAUCGAUGCCCGAGGGAUUGAAUACAAUGAUCAUGAACGUCCUUUUAACGCAAUUCUUAGAUUCUACUCUAAUUCGUCUCCUCACUCAGCUAAGCAUGAACGAGCAUGGGGACAAUGGUGUGGUAAGAGAUUGUUUGCCGCUGAUGAAAGAGAUGCUGAGUAGAAUGCCCACUGAUGGAUGGAUCAAAGUCCAGACAAUCACUAUCAUGGUCCAGUCCCUGUGGCAGAAAGGUGGCAUGAAAGACGAAGACCUCAAUAAGAGCAUGCUCGAAAUUUCGGAUCUCCUUUUGAAGUCUCGACCUCCUCCUCCCUCCCCGGCCGUUGGGGCAACAGGUGGUACAGCUGCCAUAGCACAGAAUCAAGACCAACCUCCACCUGAGAACUUUCGCGAACUACCAAUUAUUCCUCGGAAGGAUGAAUUGGAUGGGACAACAGAAGUCUUUCUACUCCCAAAUAAAGUCAAAGAUCGUUUUAGGGAUCUUGAACAUUAUCUUGAAUGCCAGUUUCGUCUUUUCCGAGCAGAUGUAAUCAUACCACUGAAAAAAAAUAUUGUUGACUUUCAAACUGUUGCUGAAAACACUUCAGUAGGAUACAGGAUCUACACAGAUGUCCAGAUCAUUAGACCGGUUUGCACACACAAUGGUCUGGGAUACAGGCUUGCAUUUGAUUCCAAACCACUACGACAUGUUAAGUGGGAUGCUACGCGAAGGUUGAUAUUUGGGUCACUACUCUGCUUGUCCUCAGAUAAUUUCAAAGAUAACAUUUUCUUUGCUACAGUUGAUCAGAGGGAGAAGGAACAUUUGAAGAAUGGACUUGUUGAUGUGCAGUUCAUCUCCCAACAUGACGAGGUGGCAAGAAUCAAUCGGGAUGAAAGGUUUGCAAUGGUUGAAUCUCCAGCCUACUUUGAAUCUUACAAAUAUAUCCUUGAGGGAAUGAAAGAACUCACAGAGAGAAACUUUCCAUUCCAGCAAUACAUUGUUGAGUGUCAGAAUGAUGUACAAACACCGUUGUACUUGAGGCAUCAGCAAAAUGUUUUGUACGACUUGCGACCACUGCUUGAUGAAGAUUACAAAAUGACAGAUUUGGCGGACAAUGCCAGUAGUGCUGAAGGGUUUCCAGCAGGAUCGAAUAUAGCAAAGGAUGUAAACAUUAAAGACAUUUCAACUUGGCCAAUGCCAAAUUUUCUACACCUUAACAUCUCCCAACAUACCGCUUUGAGAAAUGCAUUGAUGAGAGAAUUUGUUCUCAUACAAGGACCCCCAGGUACGGGUAAGACAUACCUUGGAAUCAAAAUCCUGAAGACUUUGCUCCAUAACUCUCACGUAUGGCUUCAAGGACAAGAGAAACUGCCAAUCCUUGUAGUAUGCUAUACCAACCAUGCAUUGGAUCAGUUCUUAGAAGGAAUUUUGAAGUUUUUCAAGGGUAGACUCAUACGAGUUGGUGCUCGAAGCAAGAGUGAAAUCAUGCAAGAGUAUUCCUUGAAAAAUGCUAGACAGAGAGUAAGAGAUCUUAGAUCCCUGCCAAUGACUGUUCAUGCAGGGAAAUUGGAGACUCUGAGAGCAAUGGAUUCACUGAAGGCAGAAAUUCAUACCACAGCUGCUAAACUUGAAGUAGCAGAGAGAGAAAUUGUACAUGAACGUUGCUUAAAAGAGUUCAUGACAAAAGCCACAGCAGGUAACUUCUCUGUUGGGAAUGAGUAUGAGACCUGUCAGAUAGUUACCUGGUUAGGGAUCAAGAAGAGAUUAUUUGAUAUUGAAGAGGAAGGUGAAUAUCUUCAACACCAACUAGAGGAGCGAAAGUUGGCUGAUGAGGAGGAAGAAGAGUAUGAAGAAGAAGAAGAGAUGAUUGAUAUCCCAGUAAAUCACCGCAACCAAAGACAUCUUGAGGAAGACCUGAUUGACUUGGAUGAUGAAUAUGACUAUGAUGAUGUUCGUAGUAAAGCACAAGGUUUAGAUGCUGAUAUUCAGCACGUCCGCAGGGAAUGUAUGGGGUUAGACAUAACCAAUCUUGAUGCUUCAACAGUUACAAUGUUUAUGCCACCACAACAGAAGAAAAUCCACGAGGAGAAACAGAGACAGAAGAGAUCACUGAAAGUCAGUCUCAUUAAGAAAUUACGCUCAACUGAGAGAAUGACAUCACCCGAAGCUGCAAAUGUGCGUAACAUCUGGAGGCUGAGCAUUAAAGACAGAUGGAGGAUGUACAGAUACUGGGUGGAUGUACUCUGUCGACAGACCAAAGGAGAAAUUAGAGACAAAGAAGGUGAUUAUAGACGUCUGACUAAACAAUACAAAGAAGUCUUAAUGCAAGAAGACAGGACCAUUCUUCAGAAUUGCUCGAUCAUAGGGAUGACGACAACAGGUGCAGCAAGGUAUCAGAAGGUUCUGAACGAAAUUGGUCCCAAGAUUAUUGUUGUGGAAGAAGCAGCCGAAGUGCUUGAGGCCCACGUUAUAGGAACCCUCAGUCGGAGAUGUCAACAUCUUAUCCUCAUUGGAGAUCACUUACAGCUGAGGCCAAACCCAACUGUUUACGAUCUUGCAAAGAAAUACAAUCUGGAAAUAUCUCUUUUUGAGAGGAUGGUGAAUUCUGGUCUUCCACACGAUACACUACUGUGGCAACACAGAAUGCGACCUGAAAUAGCAGACGUCAUUCGACCACUCUAUAAAGAUUUGAAAGAUGACAAGAGUGUGCAGAAAUAUGACAAUGUAAAGGGUAUUGCAAGGAAUGUGUACUUCAUUGAACAUCAGUACCCACAUGAAUAUGAUGAAGAGUCAAAAAGUUUUAAGAAUGAACAUGAAGCUCAAUAUUUAGUAGGUCUGUGCAAAUACCUUCUGAAGCAGGGCUAUGGUACUGAGCAAAUUACAAUAUUGACAACGUAUUCCGCCCAAAUGCAUUGUCUGAAGAAUAGGAUGCCAAAAUCGCAGUUUGAAGGGGUGAGAGUUGUUGCUGUUGACAGUUACCAAGGAGAAGAGAAUGACAUUGUGCUGUUGUCGCUUGUCCGAAGUGGAGAUGAAACAAAAAUUGGGUUCUUGAACGAGAACAACAGGAUAUGUGUUGCACUCUCUAGGGCCAAAAUAGGACUGUAUGUUAUUGGAAACUUCAGUCACAUCACUAUCUAUAGCCCACUGCUAAAGGACAUUGCUACAAAAGCAUCUAUGAAAGGAUUUUAUGGGCCUGCUCUGCCUCUGUCAUGUCAAAAUCACCCGGAUGACAUGGGAGUUGGAGCAAUGGAUCCAAGGGAUUUUGAAAGAGUCCCUGAAGGAGGCUGUACCAAACCUUGUCUCUUCCGCCUAGCGUGUGGUCACGUGUGCCCUCGAAUGUGUCAUGUGAUUGAUGCAGAGCACAAAUCCAUCACAUGUUCAAAACCAUGCAAGCGGCAGUGUCGGAAAUGUAAAAGUUACCACUGUGAUCUCCCUUGCUACCAGCCAUGCAAACCCUGCCCUGUACUCAUAGAGAAAACCCUUCCAAGAUGUGGACAUGUCCAAAUGAUUCCUUGUGAAGAAGAUGAGUUGACGUAUCAGUGCCAGGAACGAUGUAAUGAUAGUUUACCAUGUGGCCAUGGAUGCCAGGGUGCAUGUGGACAGCCUCAUCCUCCAUGCAGGGAGCCUGUGGAAGUCACCAGGCCAUGUGGUCAUACCAUAGCAGUGGAAUGCAGAGAUAGAGAUACAGCUGUUUGCAAUCAUGAAUGUGGUGAAAUGCUCAGUUGUGGAGAUCUAUGCAAGGGUAAAUGUGGUACAUGCCAUCAAGGGCGUCUGCAUCAGCCUUGUCCUUCAGAAUGUAAACGAAUCCUCAUAUGCGGACACGAAUGCCAGUCGUCUUGUAGCAACUGUCCACCUUGUACCAGGAGGUGUGAGAACAGAUGCAACCACAGCAAAUGUCCGCAGAAGUGUGGAGAUCCCUGUGCUUCAUGUAAGGAGCAAUGCCAGUGGAAAUGUCGCCACUUCAAAUGUAGCAUGCCAUGCGGGGAUGAGUGUGACAGACCACGAUGCAAAGAUAUUUGUAGGAAGAAACUUGAGUGUGGUCAUGAGUGUAUUGGCAUGUGUGGUGAACCAUGUCCAAAGUUGUGUCGACAUUGCGACAAGGACAAAAUGCCAGAUGUGUUGCUUGGAAAUGAAGAUGAACCAAAUGCUCGAUUUAUUGAACUAGAAGACUGCAAACACAUUUUUGAAGUCACAGAUUUGGAUCGUUUCAUGGAUGAAUCAUCUGAAGACAAGGACAAGACAUUAGUUCAACUGAAGACAUGUCCUCGAUGCCUCACGCCAAUCAGAAGGAAUCUCAGAUACGGCAACAUCAUUAAGCAGGCACUGUCAAGCAUAGAAAAAGCCAAAAGGAAGGUUAUUGGAGAUAACAAAAAUGUCAAAGAACUCAGAGACUCUAUGGACAAGAUGAGGAAUCGUCUUCAUCCAGAUGACUUGGGUCCUGUGAAUGUACUCUUAAGGUCUUUUUCGGUUCAUUCAGUGACCAUUCUGUCAACCCAAGAUCGACAAAUUCGUAUCAUUAGACAAAUAUCCAGCAUCAAAAGGACCGUGAAGGAAAGCCUCGGAAAAUUCAAACAAGCUAGCAAUGAAACUUAUGGAACUCUUUUAAGUUGUCUGAAAGACUUCAAAGAUUGGGCCCUUCUUCCAAGGUCUUGUUUUGGCAAGCAAGAGGUCCAGGAUGCACAUAGAGAACUGGAACGCUUGAGUCUGCUGAAGUACCUUAUAGACUCAAGGGAAUGGAUAGACGUUGAUAAGAAGGAGGUUCCAGCACGGAUCAUGAGGAACUUAGUCGCGAUGAUCAGGCAGCUGGAACGUCCCGCAAAAAUGGGAGAUGACGUUAUGGAAGAAGCCAAAAAAAUGAAGGAAGAUGUGAAGGAGUUUGUCCCAGGGUCAGGCAUUGGAGUGACGGAUGACGAACGGUUGAUGAUUGUGGAAGCUAUGGGACUUAACAGUGGACACUGGUACAAGUGUAGGAGAGGUCAUGUCUAUGCUAUUGGUGAAUGUGGCAGAGCAUACGAGGAGGCCACAUGUCCUGAAUGUGGCGGGACUAUAGGAGGUGAUGCCCAUAGACUCACAGGGGACAAUGCCUGGGCUCCCGAGAUGGACAAUGCAGAGGAACCGCCUUGGUCGGAGGAGAGAGACUACAUGCUUGCUCUGCAAAUGCAGUUUGGUGGCCGCUGAUGGAUAUGUGCGCAACACACAUGUGCACCUGUCUACAUUGAUGCUAUUGUCUAGUUGGUAACAACGCUUUUCUGUUCUACAUUGACGUCAAUAUGGACAUGAGACUCUCCAGUGUGUCUUUAUUGUGAGAAAUACACACUCUGUUCAAACAUUACUGUUUUAGCACUUUAUGAUGCAUAGCAAAUGUGGACUUACAAUUAUUUGAUUUCAUUAGCCGGAUACAAAUGUAGUACAAUGAUGAAACUCAUUUGAUUAUUGUUGAUCAUCUCAACGUCUAAACCAAUGUAUUAUCUCAUAUAUUUGCCAUAGUUCAACUAUGCCUUUCAUGGAUUAUCUUGUACCUUGAUAUGAUACGUUCCAAUAAUUAUAAGCCACACGAAGCCUUCUGUUAAAUCAUAGCAGGCUGUUAUGGCAAGAUAGUCUUUUCAUGCUUGCUUACUUUGUCCUCCUUGUGACACAAACUGUACAGCAAUACAAUAUAUUGCCAUGUAAGUUCCCCAGACGCUACAAUUAAUCCUUGCUUAUAUCUGCUUGUUUUAUUUUGAAUCUGUUUAUUUUUUUUAUAUCAUAAACAAUGUGUUAGUGAUGUUUGACGACUGGGAUUUAUAUGUACACCCACAUAAUGUAUUGUGUUCCUGAUCUCCCCUCAAAUGGUGUUAAGAGGCUUCAAAUCUAUUUCAUCUUCGUGUAUGAUAUCUUAAUCGUGAGUAUUGUUACUCAGACAGUGACAUUGUUCGAUAGUACAUGAUACUUUAUUCUUCUUGAUUAUGAUACUUUAUUCUUCUUGAUUAUAACAUCAGAUAUGUAGAUAGAAGUAUCACUUCCACGUGCACUUGUUAUAUUGGUGACACACACUUGCCCUUUCUAGAGUAGAAGUUUUUUUUCUGCAAGAGGAGCCCAAAGGCACUUGUAUGGGUAGCGUAAUGUCAGUCUAAUAAGUGUGUUUCUUUCUUUCACUGUUUUUGCUGGUGCGUACGAAAGAUUCUAAUCUAGCCUCUUUACCACUUUACAUACAUGCAUUCACGUAAUUGUUGGUGAAUUUUAUCUCACCUGACAGAAACUCAAGUGAGUCGUCAGUCCGUGUGUCCAUCAUCAAGUAUUCAAUUUUUGACAUAUCUGGUAAAACAACAUGGCCAGUGACGCUGAAACAUUGCUUAUACGAUCCUAUGGAUCAUAAGUGUCUCUUAAAUUCGCUCACUUUACUAUUCUUUGUUGCUCUUGUAUAACGUUUCUUAUAUGCUACUCAACGACAAAAAGUGCUAGGGCACUGUAGCUCACCUGGAUAUGUCUAAGAGUCUAAAAGGUUCUUUUCAGCAUUGCUCAUACCUUUUUCUGCAACAACUAUUUAGGAUAAAUGGAGCCUUAUAUUCCGUCUAAGGGGAGUAAUUUUUCUAAUGCUUUAAUUUUGUUCUAAUUAUUUUAAACAGCCAUACCACUAAAAUCCUAAUGAUGUCAUCAUAAUGAUAUACAUUCAGGCCGAAGUUCAGGUUCCUCAGUCUGGUAAUUCCAUAAUGAAUUCGAACCUCUUGAACACAUUUAGGUGUCAGGAUAACACGUAUUUGAAAUUUCGGCUGUAUUGGUCUUGUGGGUUCUGAGGUGAUUAUGCUUUCAGUGCGAGAAAAUGUAUAUUGAGAGAAUGUAGGAGCAUUGUCAAAGUUCAAAGGUCAAAUUAAGGUCAAAAUUAAAAUAAAUGUCGCAAAAAACGGAAGCUAUUUGUGGAGCCCCACUACUACCUACACCUGUACCUAUUUACAUUUUGAACAAUAAUGAUUCGGUGAUGACCUUAAAUAGAUUUUCAAAAUCGUUGUCAUGGUGGCCAUAUUGAAAACAGGAUGCGAAUCUCUUUAGCAAAUUCUUCAUUCGUGGUUUCUCAGGAGAAAGUGUUUAUUGACGACGACUGACGAGAUUACAUUAUAUCAGAUGACCUAAAAAUGAAGAGAGGCAAAAGCCUUGUAACUAUAUUUUUCGAAUCAUUCUAGCUUGUAUCUCAUGACAAAAAUAUUUACGAAUUGUUUGAUAGGCAUUACUUAGAAGUUAACGGAUGACAAAGUAGACACAAUUUAUGGAUAACAACUUCUUCACAGUUGAAUGACAUGGAAUAAAGAAGAUCUAUAAAUGGUGUCAACUUUGUCAAGAGUAUUCACUCUAACAGAUUUAUGUCUAUUAUUGAUGCUUGACACACAUUUGUACGGUGAUCUUACAAGCAUAGAAUAUGCGAAAGUGGAUUUUACAGCAGAACCGUUCAAGGAUUAAAUAUUGUUACAGUAAAAGAUAUGUUUCAAAUUAAGUGAAACUCUGUUAACUCGAUGCAAAUGUACGAAAGGCGUUAUCGAUGAUGAGGUCUAGAGUUGACACUACUCUUGUCUCGAACUACGGAUAACUCGAAACAUGUUCGAUGGUCCUCAGGACUUCCACUUCUAUAGAUAAGAACAAGUUCCUAUUUACCAACUUGUUUUUCGUAAAGAGUGUUCUUUUGUUGUGAUUGUAAUCUGAUUGUAUGUUUGUACAAUAUAUGGCUAUUAAUGUUUUGCUGUUCUACUUCAAGAAUGAAUAAUAAAGGCUUUCAAUUUGUGA